AUGAACACAUCCAAGUGGCUUCCGAAACAGCACCAGGAGGUGAUCAAGCUGUUCGAGCAAUCGCGCCAAUUGGAACGAGAGCUUCGGAUACUGGGCAAGAAGUUUGCCACGGAUAUUAAUAUUGAUCUGCCCGACUACUACGAAUUUGAGCGGUUGCUACAACAAAGUCGCGAAUGCUUCGAACGGUCCGCCCACGUGCAGACACGGCUGAUACGUAUGUCGGCGUCAUCGGCGGACAAGAAUGUGGAGCGAAGUUUCUUCAAGAUUUUGCUGAACCGGAAGGCACACCUGAUACGGCAGAACUUGCGUAAGCGCAAUCUUCAGCUGGUAUUCAUCAUCAACAAAAUGAUCAAGCUAAUGCUCGCCGCUACCUACACGUCGGAAAUCGUCGUCGAUGGUGCAUUGCUGCUGUGUACGCUGCACAACGAAAGCGUGCUCUUGGCCCAAAAGACAACGCAGGCCCGCACCCAAACGAAUGCGCAAGUGUGCAGCAAUUCUUUUCCCCCGCUAAUGUCCACUCCGAAGAAAGUCGAUGUUGGAACGAUCCUGCAGAUCAUCACCAAGCAGCGAGCGGAAGAUUGCUGCAGCACACUGAUCAACUGUCUGCUGACCACCUGUAAGGGUGCGUUGACUGUAGCGAACGAGGAGAAUGAAUCGGACACUUCGAGUGUGGAAAUUUUGCGCGCUUUGACGACAAAUCUACAGGGACCGGAGGUGGGAAAACAUAUCGAUCCCAUACAGGAGGAGAUGAACGUUCGACGCAAAGCGAGCGUGAACAUGAUCUCGAGCGGAGAAAUACAUACCCGCGGUAGAGCGACACCGGGCCGAAAGGUUGUGAUAACGCCCAUCAUCAAACCGGAAUCACGGGAGCUGGACGAAUCAGAACAUAAUGAUCCCGCGAUAAACUUCUUCGAUGAAAUGGCCGCCGAAGCAGUGGCAUACAACUCCAUCAACUAUCUCGUCAACGAACCGGAUGGAAUGGAUCUGCUGGAGAAUUUGAUUGCCGAUGAGGAGAUCUUCGUAGCGAACGUUAUCAUGAAGGUGAUCAAGUACUGCCCAUCGGCAUUUGAGCGAGAACUCACCAAAACGGAGCUGAUCAAGUGGGUCAAUCGCGGUACGCGGGGACUUUGGACGCAAGUUGGCGGUUCCUUGGAGCACGUUGUGCUGUGGUGGAGUUCUUCGCCGUUGGCCUGUCGGCCGGCGGCUUGUGCAAAGUAUCUGCGCGAUUGGCUAUCGCUGCUCCAGCCGGAUGAAGCACCGGAACCGAUACUGUCCACGCUAAAGGGUUUGGGUGAAACACUCACGGUGCAUGUGACGAGUACGAUUUGGGACAAGCAGUUCCGUUUGGCGGUCGUUUCUUCCAGCCUUCCGGUGGAUUUUCCCUUCGAGGAGGGCGAAUUUUGCGGGAAGAAUGUAAUUGUUGAAGGAACUGUCUGUGGAAAAGUUUGGAGUGAGCUGUUGUAUCAGUUGGUACAACUAUCGAACACGUGUGACAUUGGCACUAUCGCGAACGAGCUGCCACUGGUGGAGCAGAUUCCGGUUCUGCAUCGACUCGAUCAUUCCAUUCAUUCUAUGCGUAUCUGGGCGGCCAACAAGGCACGAUCGCUAUGUACCGAUUGGAACAUGAUGAUGUUCUUCAAGGUUGUCCACAACGAUAUCGGGUUGUGUUUGGAGCAGUUGCAGUACAUACGCGUCCCGGAGCUGUCUGCCGACGAUCCGCUGGAAGUGCAAGUGCAGGUGUGCGUAGCGCUACGGGCGAAACUUGUAUCAGAAAUCAAGGAAAACAUCAUCAAAUUGAAAGCGACCUGCACCGAAUGUAUCGAUGUACUGGCCGCCGUCUGCCGUACGACGAGCCUUGCAUCGCUGACGCUUUGCUUUCCAUACUUCAAGCACUGGCAGACGGAAGUUUUGCAGGAACGGGCCAACGAAUAUGUGGCCUACUUUUUCAACCAAAUCUAUCUGCCUGUCAUACAGGCGACGAAAGACAUUGAAAUAUUGAAGCUAACGCUAAAGAUCAUCUGUGAAGCUUGGCUGGAUCACAUUUACAUGAAAAAGACGAAAUUCAGCAGCGCCGGUGCGUUGAACUUGCUGAAGGAUUUCGACGGUGUCGCCGAGUGGAUCAAUGCUUGUGAGGCGCUGGAUGAACGGUUACGGGAAACUUUGUCCCAUCACGAAGUGCUGCGAAUGUGUGAAGGUGUGGGCAAACUACUGCUGCGUAAACCUGAGGAGACGAUAUCCAUUCUGCCAAGUCCAUCGAAAGCGGGCAAGAAAAGCGAAGAAACUGCCGACGAGAAAGCGCCACUGCCACCGGAAAUGUUUGUUCCGAAUCAAAAGCGUUGGUUGGAGUUGCGGGCCCGCGAUCGACGAGCGGUCAAUCUGAACUGCCUGUGUCUUUGCGCGGGGAUGGAUGUAUACUAA